AUGAGUACCAAUUCUUCUUAUUAUCUCACCUUCAAUGACGCUUUCUCCUCCCAUGAGCCUCUUGUUCCACGUAAGCCCUUUCUCCUCAAAAACAUUCAAGUUCUUGAGCUUUUUCUUGCCCUUUUCGCCUUUAUCGCUAUACAUUCCUUGCGUCAGAAGAAACACUACGGUCUUCCUGUAUGGCCCUUUCUAGGCAUGCUUCCUUCUCUAGCUUUUGGCCUCAGAGGAAACAUCUACGAGUGGCUAACAAAUAUCCUCUCUCGUCAAAACGGGACUUUCCGUUUCAGAGGCCCUUGGUUAAGCAGCCUAAACAGCACUAUUACUUGCGACCCAAGAAACGUUGAGCAUCUCCUCAAGAACCGUUUCUCUGUCUACCCUAAAGGCUCAUACUUCCGAGACAAUCUUAGAGACCUUCUAGGAGAUGGAAUAUUCAACGCUGAUGACGAGACUUGGCAGAGACAAAGAAAAACCGCAAGCAUCGAGUUUCAUUCAGCUAAGUUCAGAAACCUAAUGACUCACUCCUUGUAUGAGCUUGUUCACAAGAGGCUCUUACUAGUUCUUGAAGCUUCGGUUAAAACCUCUUCUCCUAUUGAUCUACAAGACGUGUUGUUGAGGCUAACGUUUGAUAACGUAUGCAUGAUUGCCUUUGGAGUUGAUCCAGGAUGUUUAGGUCUAGACCAACCAGUGAUACCCUUUGCUAAAGCCUUUGAGGAUGCCACAGAAGCUGCAGUUUGUAGAUUUGUUAUGCCUACUUUCGUGUGGAAGCUCAUGAAGUGGCUUAACCUAGGAACAGAGAAGAUGCUAAAGGAGUCAAUAAAAGGUGUGGAUGAUUUUGCUGAUGAAGUUAUCAGGACGAGGAAGAAAGAGCUCUCUCUUGAGGAAGCUGCAGUUUGUAGAUUUGUUAUGCCUACUUUCGUGUGGAAGCUCAUGAAGUGGCUUAACCUAGGAACAGAGAAGAUGCUAAAGGAGUCAAUAAAAGGUGUGGAUGAUUUUGCUGAUGAAGUUAUCAGGACGAGGAAGAAAGAGCUCUCUCUUGAGGGUGAAUCCACAAAGAGAUCUGAUCUCUUAACGGUUUUUAUGGGUUUGAGAGAUGAGAAGGGAGGUAGCUUUUCAGACAAGUUUCUUCGUGAUAUAUGUGUGAACUUUAUACUUGCUGGGAGAGAUACUUCUUCUGUUGCUUUGAGCUGGUUCUUCUGGUUACUAGAGAAGAACCCUGAGGUGGAAGAGAAGAUUAUGGUGGAGAUGUGUAAGAUUUUGAGGCAGAGAGAUGAUAAUGGCAAUGGAGGAAAGAUUGAUUAUGAGCCUGUGUUCAGACCAGAAGAGAUUAAGAAGAUGGAUUAUCUACAAGCUGCUUUGUCUGAAGCUCUUAGAUUAUACCCUUCAGUUCCUGUUGAUCACAAAGAGGUCCAAGAAGAUGAUGUAUUUCCGGAUGGAACAGUAUUGAAGAAAGGAGAAAAAGUUAUUUACGCGAUUUAUGCAAUGGGUCGUAUGGAAGCUAUUUGGGGAAAAGACUGUCGUGAGUUUAGGCCAGAGAGGUGGUUAAGAGAUGGACGGUUUAUGAGUGAGUCUGCAUAUAAAUUCACGGCCUUUAAUGGCGGUCCACGCCUUUGUCUAGGCAAAGAUUUUGCGUAUUAUCAGAUGAAAUCUGUCGCGGCUGCUAUAGUUUACAGGUACAAGGUGAUGGUUGUGGAGGGUCACAAAGUGGAACCGAAGCUAGCUCUUACAAUGUAUAUGAAGCAUGGCUUGAUGGUGAAUUUGAUCAACAGGAGUGUAUCCGAGAUAGAUCAAUACUAUGCCAAGACUAUGUGAUGGUAGUAGUGUUUAAUGUUUAAGGUUUGUU